ACACAGGUGAUUCAGAUGGCGAGUGCAGCACAGCCACAGCACUGCCACGUGUUCUUUGCUCGGGUGCUCAGUCUGACACAGGGUUUUGUCCUUUCCAGCUGCUUCAGAAGUUCUGCUCACCAGCCCCGAGGGAGAGAUGUGUAUUUCCAAGUGCCUCCAGAUGUAGAAAAGGACAGCCACCCAUGUGCAAAAGAUGUCUGUGUCAAGUUUCAAGUGCCUGGAGAAAUUAUGGAAAGGUCGUUCUGGAGUUUCAGAGAGAGGACAAGCUAUGAUGAUGGCGUGUCAGAAGCAGUGGGUGAGGAAUCAAGACGGCUCACCAGAGAUCAGCUUUUUACAUUAGUUGCAGCAGCUUCUAUAAAUUUCAGUUCGAUGAUGUGCUACUCAAUCCUGGGACCCUUUUUCCCUUCAGAGGCAAUAAAAAAAGGUGCCAGUAACACAGUUGUUGGCCUGAUUUUUGGAUGUUUUGCUUUGUUCAAUUUCUUGGCUUCUUUAAUAUUGGGAAAUUAUCUUUCACAAAUUGGAGCAAAAUUCAUGUUUGUGUCAGGGAUGUUUGUUUCAGGAUGUGUGACCAUUCUCUUUGGAAUGCUUGACAAGGUGCCAAGUGGACCAAUAUUCAUCGGUUUCUGCUUUUUAGUAAGAGCAAUGGAUGCAAUAAGCUUUUCAGCAGCAAUUACAGCAUCGUUCUCAAUCCUUGCAAAGGCAUUUCCCACUAAUAUAGCUACUGUCCUGGGCAGCCUUGAAAUUUUUUCAGGACUUGGACUGGUGCUGGGCCCACCUUUGGGUGGCUUUUUGUAUCAAUCAUUUGGUUAUGAGGUCCCUUUCAUCACACUGGGGUGCAUAGUGUUGACUUUGGUCCCUGUGAAUAUGUGCAUAUUGCCAAGAUAUGAUUCGACUCCUAGGAAAGAAUCCUUUUGGAAGCUCAUUCUUCUGCCAAAAGUCCUAAUACUCUGUCUCACUAUAUUUUCUCUAAGUGCAUGCUUGGGUUUUUUUGAUCCCACAAUAUCUCUAUUUAUCUUAAAGAAGUUCACACUCCCAGCUGGUUAUGUGGGCUUGGUGUUCCUUGGUUUGGCACUCUCAUAUUCCCUGUCUUCUCCCCUCCUUGGCCUCGUAAGCGACAGACUGCCGCACAUCAGGAAGUGGCUGCUGAUAUUUGGAGACUUAAUGACAGCAGUGUGCCUUUUCAUGCUAGGACCUGCUCCUGUACUGCACAUUGAAAGUCAGCUGUGGAUGUUUGUGCUAGUGUUGGUUUUGAUUGGCUUUUCCCUUGGCAUGAGUGCUAUCCCAGUGUUUCCAGAGAUCCUGCAAUGUGCAUAUGAGAAUGGAUUUGAAGAAGGUCUGAGUCUUCUGGGACUGGUGUCUGGGCUCUUCAAUGCCAUGUGGUCUCUUGGGGCAUUUGUAGGUCCAAUUCUGGGAGGAUUUCUAAAUGAAGAGCUGGGUUUUGAAUGGGCCGCAGCCAUCCAAGGAGGCUGGCCACUGUUAAGUGGUCUUGCAACUGGAAUAUUUUAUAUCAUUGAGGCAACCAGGAGAAGUUCCAGUUCCAGCCUGCAAAAUCCUCCUGGUGAUAAUGAAGAAAGGACUCGUCUAAUGGGCAAUGAAACGUAGCCAGACAUACUUUCAAUUCUCUGUUUGCUGUUGUGGUGUAACCUAGUAUUGAGAUGACUGGCCUUAACACUGCUUCAUUAUUCUGGAGCUGGGACAUGAUCCCUUAGUGAACAACCAGUUGUGGUUUAAUUGUAGAGGCAUUACUGUUUUGAAACACUAAACACUGACUGCCUUUCUUUUGGAAGUUCUCCUAAAUGAUGAGUAACACUCAGCUGUCAGCCUAUUUAAUUGUGUUCCAUGUACAGCGCACCACUGUAUGUGAAAAGAGGUCUGGUUUCCAUGCCUGUGUGUGCUGUGCAUUAUUCUUGGGAAAAACUACUAUUUUGCUACCAUGAUUUUCUGUACUUUUUUAAAGGAAGUUCAUUACCUUGUAAAAACAGAAUUUGAAACUGUAAAUGACGAAGCACAAUAUUGUUUUCAAUAAAGCAACUUUUUCCUUAA